UGCGAAGGACAAAAGUGAAAUAAGUAGACUUUGGAGUUUUAUGCAAAGUAAAACAAUUCGGAUAUUACUUAAAGAAACGCGUUUAAUCGGUUUUACUGCAACAUGCGCUCAGCUUUCGAUAUUUCGUAUAUUCUUACGCAUCAUACAUUGCGCAUUCUCUAAAUGCAUAGAAUCCACAGUAAGUAUAGAAAUAAGUAUUGUGAAUCCUCUAAGAAUAGUUUCGGUUUUGACAAUUCAAUCGAUUCAAUUAUUGAAAAAUAAUUAAUCAUGCAGAAUGAAGAAGACUGAUCGUCCUUCCCUGACAUUUUAGUUAUAUUCUAAAUUCGUUUCUGCUAUAUUUCGACACAGAUCCAUAAAAUUUAUAGUGCAGUCGUGAGAAAAAAGGUUCAAUGACCCGAAGGCCAGGUGCAUAAGGGAACGUCUGAUCCUUGGAGAAAACUGGUCAGCAGCUUCAAGGAUCGGGUAGAGAGGGAUGCGGUCGUAAAAACGAAGGGUGCACCUAGGUCGGUGGUUACACGCGUAGGUAGGGCAGAGUGCGGGCGCAGAUAGGGCCUGGCUUUGGACUCGGUGGUUGAAUAUCGACCGGCUCGUUCGUAGCUGGUCGGGAUUCGCAUGGCGCAAGCCUGGGAUAACGAGGACGAGGUGGCGAACGAGGAGGCGGUGGGAGAGAGUGUGCGCUUCCCUGAGUGAGCGCCGGCAGUAGUAACCCGGCCAGUACCCCGCGCGCGGGUGCAGCUGCAUCCCGAGUAAACCGCCGUGUGUGUGAGAGUGCGUGAGAGUGCUAAACGAGGCGUGUGUGUCCUGAGGCCACGAGGGUGGAGCUACGUACCUGCGACCGCACCGUUCGACGUCGUCCAGGAACAGAGUACCUCUUCCACAGGAACAACAACGAAAACAGUUUCAGCUUGAAAUGUUCCUCCAACGCUCCGGUCUGCGAACCUGUUCGACGUUCGAUUCCUUGAUUUAACCCGCGCGGUUCACGGAGUAAUGUGAAGGCAACAAAGAGAGAGAGAGAGAGAGAGAGAGAGAGAGAGAGAGCGAGAGCGAGAGAGAGAGAGAGUCAUGUUACGGAGACAAGAGACCUCGAACGAGGAUUCGUACCUGAGCGCGGGGAGGCCAUCGAACCUGCUGCGUACGAGAUUUAGCAGCACUAAGCUAGAGUCGCUCUAUCGCGCCUCCUCCCUCCAGCAGCGCCGGGGCGGCCUCGAGUACUUCCUGUUCUCGGCGUUGCUCUAUGGAGCUCACACCCUCGCAAUGCCGGGCCAGGAGCCGCCUGCCUGCGGUCUGACGGCGGUCUGCCUAGGCAUGAAUCUGGGCCUGUUGGCCUGGGCCGAGCGCAACCCCAAGGCGAAGGACGUACUCUGGUCCGUGAUACCUCACGUGGCCUGGAAGCUGUCCUCUGUACACCUCAUCGCUCAGCUGUUCCUCAAGUCCAACGGGGUCACGCCUAGGGACGGACUGGGCUGGCUGCUCCUCCUGCUCUACCUCCUGUUCGCCACCCUGCCGCUCAGGUUGUCCCUCUGCGUGCUACUCGCCUUCUGCACCGCGGUGGCAUACAUCGUCUCCGUUAUCUUCCUCUCCAAGACGCCUGAGAAAAUACCUAUCGAUGUUUUGGUGCUGACGGUGACGUUGUGCCUAGGCGCGAUGCUUCUGGGAGCCUCGAGCUAUUGCUUGACAGAGUUCCAGCAACGGCGAGCCUUUUUGGAGACCAGGCAGAGCCUCGAGGUUCAACUGGUGAUCGAGGAGCAGAGUGCCGAGCAGGAGAGGCUUCUGCUCAGCGUGUUGCCAGAACACGUGGCCGUGAAGAUGCGGCAAGACCUAGGCGCCUCGCUCAACACUCAAUUCAAGAAGAUCUACAUGUCUAGGCACGAGAACGUAUCCAUACUCUACGCGGACAUCGUCGGGUUCACCGCAAUUUCAUCCACUUACAGUGCCAGUGAAUUGGUGAAAAUUCUGAAUGAGCUGUUCGCGAGAUUCGAUCAGCUCAGCGAGAGGUUAGUGGAUAGGAGGGUGCAUAUCUCGAACGUGACGCUGGGCUUUCUGAACGGCGAGUUCGAGGUCGAGCCGGCGCACGGCGAGGACAGAGAGGAGGCGUUGCAAAAGGCUGGCAUCAUCACCUACUUCAUAGUACGUGCAUUGAAACCCUUCAAGCCAUCCGUCACCUGGAGCCUGGCGUCGCUCACAGAGGCGGAGAAUAGGAGAUCUUUGGAAGCGAACGAGGAAGAGAACACGGAAGAUACCGAGGAAUUCCGGCAGAGGUUGAGAAAGGAACUGGACAGCAAAAGUGGGGAAUCGCACCUGGAAGGGCACGCUUACUGGCUGACGCUGCAAUUCAAAGACAAGAAGGUAGAAUUCGCGUUUCGUAACGCCGAGGAAGCAUUCUCUCCGUUGUCAUUGAUCGGUGGACCAUUGGUGAUGAUGUGCGCCUCGCCAGUUUGGAGGUUUCAACCCUGGGGGCCGUUUACUUGGGGCGGUAUAGGAGUUGUCGUGUUGUUCGCCAUAGUCCUGGCUGGUGCCACUUGCUUGGGCAGUGCUAUUAAAGCCAUGUGGUUGAGGCGAGCUCUGGCUGUGUUGAUGAUCUUCUCCCUCGGGGAUUUCCUCAUUCUUGACAUGUACAAUUGUGUGGUGAUUGAGGAGACGAUACCACCACUGAACGCGUCCAACGUGCCCCUGUCGACGAGGUGCCCGCACCCGUCGUACUACUCGUACAUCGGCGUGUUGACGUUAAUCGCGCUCUCGUUGCCGACCUACAUGUGCUAUCUGGGAAAGGCUUGCAUAAUGUACUUCAUCGCCGGUACUCAGUGUCUCAUCAACAUGUGGCGUCUGAAAGCGAGGCUCGACUGGGAGGACUACGCCUCCUCGCCCCCGGAGCCGAAAGUUCCGUCGACAUACUGCCUAUCCUCCACACUGCUUAUCGUCGCCACCUGUUUGGUCUUCGUCUCCAGAUACGCGGAGAAGUCGAGGAGGAUGUUGUACCUCCGCGGUAGGGAGGUGGUAGCGCAGAGGGAAAGGGCGGCAGACAUGAAGCGCAGGAAUGGCGCGCUUAUAUACAACAUUCUACCGCCGCACGUGGCCGCUUACUUCCUCUCCAGGGCGAGACACCACGACGAUCUCUACAGCCAGAGCUACGCGGAGGUCGGCGUACUCUUCGCGAGCAUGCCCAACUUCGCCGAUUUUUAUAGCGAGGAGAGCAUCAACAAUCAGGGCCUCGAGUGUCUCAGGUUCCUCAAUGAAGUUAUAUCCGAUUUCGACGCGAUCCUUGAUCAGCACAAGUUCAAAGACAUCAUAAAAAUCAAGACGAUAGGCUCGACGUAUAUGGCAGCGUCUGGUAUUACGGAGACUUUGGACUCUGAGGAAUCGCCCCGGUGGUGUCACUUGUGUAUUCUCGUCGAUUUCGCGUUGGAGUUGAAAAAAGCAUUGUCAAGUAUCAACGAGCAGAGUUUCAAUCACUUCGUCCUGAAGAUGGGCAUCAAUCAAGGGCCGGUCACAGCUGGUGUGAUCGGUGCUAGGAAGCCUCAUUACGACAUUUGGGGGAACACUGUGAACGUCGCGUCCAGGAUGGAGAGCACCGGCAAAGUUGGCUGCAUUCAGGUGACGGACGAGACGCGAAGGAUUUUGGAGCCGUUCGGCUUCGGGUUUGAGCAACGCGGUUUGGUAUUUGUGAAGGGGAAAGGUCAGUUACUUACCCACUACCUGGUGUCGAAGGACGGCGUGUCGUUAAACCUCGACAGCGACCUGCCCGUCGAGCCCACCCAUCCGAUCAUCUAUCAAUAGGAUAAUACUCGAAAAGGCUCUAAAAAUGAUAUUUUCCUCGUUGACCAGAGGGCAACAAGGUUUCUCUCUGUCGAUGAACCCUCGAAGAGGUCGAGACGAGUGAAAGCCCUCGAGAAGAAAGAAGAAAACGAUUGAAAGGUUUAUGGAAGAUCGAGAAUUUUCAAGAGAAACGGAGCUGGGCUUUAUCUUAAUCCAUCGUCGAUUCCUUUAAGAAUUUCCUUUUCGGAAAACGUUCGCUUGUCAAUUUGUAAGUUCCUUUUUUUUUUUAUUUUUAUUUAGGAGACGCCCAGACCUGGUCAGUCCCUCAGCCACUAACGAAAAAUUGUUACUUUGAUAAUCGUGUUACCCAGCGGUAUCGGUUAUCGAAGACGAAGAACACAGGGUACAAAUUGAAUGCAUUAAAAAUAGGUAUAGACCGAGAACGUUUCAAAUUCAAGUUGUACAUAAGUUGUGAGAUCUGAACGUGAACUGUUUUAGCUAGCGCUAGGGAAGAGUCCUAUUUUACGUAGAACCGCGGAUCUGUUUAAACAGAAACACGAAUUAGGGAAGUAGUAGAUGAGAAUUGAAGAACUUUCCAAAUGAACUUUGUCAAAAUUAAAGGAGCGAGUCCAGCGUAUAUCCGGCGCAUAUCUAGGAUAGAAGAGAGUAAAAAAGAAAAAAAAAAACGGUGUCUAGUCAAAGUACAUAUAUGGAUCGAUCUAGAGUCGAUAAACAUUAAUGAAAGUGUCUAUUGAUCGUUGUGGUAGAUAAUACUGACACGGUUCUCGGCAAUCGUCGACAUUCUAUUUUUCUAGACUCGUUCUAUCCGAUUAUAAAUGUAAUUAACGUGCUGCGAGCGUCAAUUAGCUGGUAGAUCUUUUUUCUAACGUGGUUCGUCAACCGUUCUUUUAUCCCAUAUUCGUUCUAUCCGUCGUCUUAUUCGGGAAUUGUCGACCGUCACAUUUCGUCUACUAUCGAUCUGAGUCGCGUUAGACAAAUUCCUCGUUAAACAGCGUUGGGCAUUUAGUUUUAUUCGAUAAUAAAUUUUAUUACCAGCAGAUUAAAAUGAUAAAAUAUCGCCCAACACUGUUAAAAGAAAGAAUAUGUAGUAUAAUUGAAAGCGGUGGCUAAGUGCUCAUCAAAGAAGAAUCGUUGAGGUAGCGACCAAUUUAACUUCGAGCAAUUUAAUCAUUAUAAUAAUUACAAUAAAUUAAUUUCGACAAUAUUAUUUGACAGAUCGUAAGUGGAAUGCUAUCCAUUGAUUGGUUAAUUGAAUUGUGGAAUGCUAUCCAUUGAUUGGUUAAUUGAAUUGUGAUUGUUACGAUGAUUAAAUCUCGGAGGGGAUCGAGUGUAAUUAAUUGUAAUUAAUCAAAUAUCUGUUGUACAGUGAAUUGAGGAGAUCGUAGAUGGAACAAACAUUCCAAAUAUUGAGAAUUGAAAGUAAAGGAAUUGUAUAUUGUAAAAUCAUGUAGAGAGGAGAAACGAAGCUUUGACCCUAUAAAACGAUGUUGUAAUUUGAAUAACAUCGAACGCGUGUUGAAACUUUGGAAAUUUUAACUAGGUACGUACUGCGAGGGAUUUAAGGGAAUAGGAUUCUCGCAAUGAAACGUUAAAUUCAUCUUUAAAUUGUCGUCGAUGAUCAGAGUACUUGCAUGUGUUUAACGAUUUAAAAAAAAGAAGAAAAAAAAAUACAAAAAAAAAAAAAAACGAAGAGAAGUCAGAAAUUUGCUGUCUAUUACGGUUUAAGUGCAAAAUGUUCAUGUUUAAACUAUAGGCUACGAGGUAUACUUAGCAUUCGUCCCAUUCCGACGACAAAAUUCUCAAUAGCUUCGACUAUAUUUUUCUGCGGGCAGUUUUAAAACGAUGAUCGAGGUGCGUGUCUCUGUCAGGAGCUUAGGUUCACUCUUGAACGUGAACAAGCGUCAUCAAAGUCCCCGGCGUCGUUAAACGACUUCUGAGAUCAAAAUAAGGCAUAACAGAUUUGAGUAGACUCCUUCGACGUUUAGUUAUUUAUUUCCGCCGCGGUUCACGUCUUAUUUUGUGCUCAAGGAUUCGUUUAAUCAUGAAUGCAAUUCUAGAUACCAACGGUGAAACGAACACUAUUCAAAUACCGAGGGAAGAUCGCGACAUAAUCGUUUAUUUUUCUACAGUUUGAGUCACCGAGUUCGUAGACGGUAAGGCUAAACAAAUGACUCGAGUACGUACAACGCACACGAAAAAUAAAAACAAAACAACCAUAAAUAACGAGGCUGGGAUUUAAUCCUUUCGUCGAUCUUAAAAAAAGAACUAUAGUUUACGCAGGUAUUUAUAAUAUUCUAAACGUAGAGAGAAAAUGAAAAGAGAAAUUGCUGUGAUUUUAAAACCGAAAGAACUGAUCUCUGAAUUUUCGUUUCCCCCUUUACUCAAGUAAUUUUUAACUGAUACUUUUUAUACGUUGACGUAGUACGAAAGGAUUAAAAGCGAGGCGAAGGGACGAUGGGAGAGAGAAGUUGACAAGGGGAAACUAGAAAGAACGGCCUAAGCGAGGUCAGACUGGAAGAUGGAAACGGAAACACUCCCCCGAAGGAAACACUGAUAUUUUUUAAUGAUACCCUCAGCGCAGACACACAUUUUCUAGAUACUUUAAAUUUCAUCGUCAUCAAGGCUAAAACCACGUGAAAGUAUCCAAAGUCUUUUUUAAAACGGACCUUCUUUCGGCGGAGUUUUUCAAAUCGCACAAACCGGGGGGGGAGCUUAAAAAGAUUGAUCGUUCAGUCUCUCGAUUCUUUAUCCACUAAUCGCGUACUUCCGGUUGACAUUCGCGCUUGAUAUACAGUCCACAAACUCGUAGGCAUACACGUAAACAAGGGACGAAGGAGAUAGGGAGACACAGAAAUCAGAGUCGAUCUUGUAAAGUAGCAAUAAAAAGGGAAUCACGUGUACAUAUAUACUGCAUGUAAGGAGACGGGUCGGAUAAAAAAAGAAAAAAAAAACACAGUGACAGAGGAACUAAGGUAGAAUGUACAUGAAAAUAUGAGAGGGAUAUUCGAUGAAAAUUAAUAUUGGCGAGAGCGACCCUAGCGCGUGUAUAGUCGUGUAAGGAGAGAGAUGAAUUCUAUCACUGUAGAUAUCUUAGCACCUUAGAUGUGAGACAACUUUACGGAAGUGAGGGAACACUUGUUGUAAACUUUCAAAAGUAUAACUUCUUCGGACUGGUUACAAUAGCCGGGGACUCGUGCGAGUCGAAUGGAAAAUUCAUGCGACUGUAAAUUAAAUAAAUAAACGGCUACUUCGCCGAUAUGUAAAAA